CCCAGCACAAAGUUGCCGGUACUUUUCUGGAUUUAUGGAGGUGCAUAUCGAGAAGGAAAUUCUAGGAAACAUUUGUAUGGACCUGACUAUCUAGUUGAAGAAGAUGUAAUCGUUGUUAGUUUUAACUAUCGUGUUGGAGCAUUCGGAUUUCUUUCUUCCGCUGAUGAAGCACUUCCGGGCAACAAUGGGAUGAAAGACCAACUUCUCGCGUUAAAAUGGACACACGAAAAUAUCCAGCACUUUGGGGGAGAUCCAGAAAAGAUAACAAUUUUUGGGGAAAGUGCAGGUAGCAGCUCUGUUGGUCUUCAUUUGAUCAGUAAAAAGUCGGCAGGUUUAUUUAGAGGYGCAAUUCUUGAGAGUGGAACAUCAUUAAAUUCUUGGAGCGCCUACGCCGGCGCUAGAGCGGUAUUUGACGGAUUAGUCGAAGUGCUAUCUGAAGAUGACUUUAGAAAUGAUACCCAAGAAAUGAAAGCUUUUUUAAAAUCAAGAUCAGUAGAAGAAAUAAGUGACGCAGUCAACGCUCUAUCCGACAGGCUUUCUGCCACCCAGCUAGUUCUCGUGCCAGUAAUCGAAGUUGAAAAUGAAGAGGCUUUUAUAACGGAAUCCCACUACGAACUGUUGAAGAAUGGGGACUUUAACCAAGUACCUACAAUAAUUGGACUCUGUUCAGAGGAAUCCCUGCUAUUUUUAGGAGAUGUAGCAAAUACGAGAGCAUUAGGCCAAUCUUUCGACACCUAUCCAGAGGCAAUUAUUCCUGAUAAUUUAGAUGCUGACAAAGAAGUGCUAGAAACUGUAAUUGACAAAAUCAAAAGUAUUUAUUUGGAAGAAGGCGAGCAAUUUGAGGAUAACUUGGUGGCUGUAACUCAACUUUACAGUGACAGUUUGUUUGGAAGAGCAAUACUAAAGCAUGCUGAUCUUCAAUCUGCUUACACACCCGUAUAUCUUUAUCAGUUCUCGUACUAUGGAGCACGUCAUGUCAUGGAGCCCUUCAUUGAUGGUGCUGAAAAGGUAGCCCAUUCUUCCGAUCUUCCUUACCUAUUUUACUGGCCUCGAUCGGCCCAAGCUGAAGAUUUAUUGGUACAGAAUAGGCUCGUCAAACUCUGGACCAACUUUGCUAAAUAUUUAAAUCCAACUCCGGAGGAAUCUGCACUAUUCAACAAUGUAAUUUGGACUCCACAUACUGAGGAAAAUUCAAUUUAUUUAAAUAUUAAUACUACACUAGAGUUAAACACUCAUUUGAAGGAAAGAACAAUGGCAGGUUGGGCCGAAAUAUUCGAACUCUAUGGCAAAAAACCUUUAAUUACAUAUUAAAACACGUAAUGUGUUUUUGUACAGUUGUAAAAUACCAAAAUCAAUUCCGUUGCAGAAUAUAAAUAUUGUGCUUACAGUUUGUUUAUGAAAAUUAUUUACAAAUGAUGCAAAUAAAUAUAUUGAGACAA